UUAUUAUAUAACCCACCUAUAUUAGUAGCAGUAGCAACCUUACAAGCAGCAGGUGAAAUAUUAUUACUACUGCUACUACUGUUACUACUACCACCAUCACCGCAACAAACCGCCACCACCACUACCACUACUACUAUUUCUACUGCAACUGUCACCACCACCACUACAACUAUCACCAUCACCAUCACUACUACCACCACCACUACUGCCCCUAUUACUACUACUACUAGUGUUAUAAUAACUGUAAGUCCAAAAUUUUUUAGAGUGUCUUCUCGCGGUUUGUUUGUGUUUUUUUUACGAUGAAGCCGGCUACACUCCAUGCUAAAAUGGCCCAGGGUACAAGCCAUAUCAAUUUCCUCUUCUUCGUCAUCUUCAUCCUUCCAUUCAUAAUUCAAGUGUCAGCUAAAUAUUAUGACUGGCAUUACGAAGGAGAAGUAGGCAUUCACACAUGGCAUGCAAAUUAUAAUAUCUGUGCUGCAGGGAAUCACCAGUCUCCAAUUGAUAUUAUAACCGAUGACACAGUCUAUGAUCCGGACUUAAAGGAAAUUAUCAUUUGGUAUAACCCACAUCAUCCGAAAGGUCAGAUGAUAGCAUUCAAUGAUGGCAGAACAGUGAAAAUCAAAACAGUUGGUAAAUUCUAUAUAGCCAAUGGUGGUUUAGCAAAUCCUUACAAAAUCGACCAUUUACAUCUGCACUGGGGCAUCAAAAACAGCAAUGGAACCGAACACUACAUUGACACGGAAUCGUUUACAAUGGAGUUGCACAUUGUUUCAUAUGAUGUGAAAAAAUAUGACACCGUUCAGAAAGCAGCCUCUCAACCAAUGGGUUUGGCUGUACUCGGAGUCCUAUUCAAGGAAUCAGAUACUGACAAUCCUGCACUGAACAUGAUUGUUGAUAAUCUUGAAGCCAUGCAGCAACCUGGACAUCCAAAAGUAGAGCUGGAGGCAAAAUCAGUGAGGAUGUUUCUACCAAAAGACAUUUCAAGAUAUUAUCGAUACAAUGGGUCUUUGACUACCCCUGCAUGCUAUGAAUCAGUAAUUUGGACAAUAUUCGAGGAAUACAACUUUAUAUCCAAGAAACAAAUGCAGAAAAUACGUGACCUGUUUUAUGUCUAUGAUGCUGCAAAGGAACAGGAAAGAUUAAAUAAAGCAAAGAAUAACGGCACUGAAUCAAGUACAGAAAACUCAAAUGCUGGCAUCAAUGUUACUCCUGCAGGAGAUGAGAAUACAACAGACGUUAUUGACUUGUUUCGGAAAUACAGAUUCGAAAUGGUGAACAACUUCAGACCAGUUCAAGAGCUAAAUGAUCGUGUUGUCCUACGCAGCUUUAAAGAGUUCAGUAAACAAUCACCAUCAAAAGUAGUUACUAUAGAAAACAGUACAGUUAGUAGCCAUGCUCUAGUUAACCCUUGGGUCACAUUCUUUCUGUUAUUCCUCUAUCUGUGGACCUUAGUGUGAAUUCAAAGAAGAUGAAAGAAGAAUCAGUGAAGAUAGGUAAACAGAUGUGGGUUUGGUUGUUUACUGCUGAAUUUGGAAAAACUUAGGAGGAAUUAAGGGGUUUCUUUUUAACUAAAAAAAAAUUUUUCUCACUAACAAAAUGCUCUCACAUGUCUUCUUUCAUUAACAUAUAUUACAUAUGUAUGU